CGGUAUACCAGCAAUCAGUAACCAGCGAGUAGACCUCUCCGGCGCGAAUUUGAUACCACCUCUCUCUAGACACAUAUAUCCGAAACAGAAAACCAGAAAAAAAUGGCACACUCGCUCAAGGGCCCCACGCCACAGGAGCACGACGGCAGCGGCCUGCGCAUCGGCAUCGUGCACGCGCGCUGGAACGCCACCAUCAUCGAGCCGCUGGUCAAGGGCACCAAGGACAAGCUGCUAAGCCUCGGCGUCAAGGAGUCUAACAUCGUCGUGCAGUCCGUCCCCGGGUCGUGGGAGCUGCCCAUCGCCGUCCAGCGCAUGUACGCAGCCUCUCAGAUCCAGCAAUCCAGCAGCGGCGCCUCCUCGGCAGGCGACCUCCUAGGCGGGUCCACGACAGACCUAUCCUCGCUGCCGACCCCGAACCCGUCGUCGACGCAGCCCUUCGACGCCAUCGUCGCCGUCGGCGUGCUCAUCAAGGGCGAGACCAUGCACUUCGAGUACAUCGCCGACGCCGUCUCGCAAGGCCUCAUGCGCGUCGGCCUCGACCUCGGCGUCCCCGUCGUCUUCGGCGUCCUCACCGUCCUCGAUGAGGGCCAGGCCAAGACCCGCGCCGGCCUCGGCCCCGGAAGCCAUAACCACGGCGAGGACUGGGGCUCCGCCGCCGUCGAGCUGGGCGUCAAGCGCGGCGCCUGGGCCCGCGGCAAGAUCGAAUAAAGCAAAAGUGUAUGUAUGCCUACAUACCUACUUGGGUACCUGGAUAUGGAACCAAACGCAACGUAAAAAAAAAUUAAACAGAAAUAAACAGAGAGGAAGGAAAAUAGAUAAAGAAAAGGUAGUAAAGAAAAAAAGAAAAGGAAUGAAAAGUAAGGUAGGGCAAGGGUUACUUGGCUACCUAGGCACCUACUCGGAUGGUCUUGUGUAAAGCUGGGCAAGGC